CGACGCGUCUUUUCCCGGAAGACGAUGCCUAGGGCUAUGAUGCGGCUCAUCUGCUGGAAAGGCUUACUAGCUUGGCAAUGAAUAUGCUAAAUGAGGCUGCGAUAGACAAUAGAGAUCUAUGGCGGCAACUUGAGGAGCUCCUGUCAUGAUGCAUAGACGACAACGAUGACUCGGACAUCCAUUGAAUAAAGGAAUGCAUGGUUGAAUUCUGAAGAGAUGUAGCAAUUGGCUGUCACUUCUCUUAGACAUGGCAUCGGGUUACCAUCGACAUACCUCUCGUUCCGACAUGAAUCUCGCCUUUUUUCUCAUUGUAAAGGUUGCCCAACGUGUUGUAGACAUACCUUCAGUCCCUAAGCCUUCAGACCAUGCUCAUAUUUUCGUGUUUUCUCACCUCCUGGGAAUGACAAUCCAGGAUGCUAACUGUCUUUGCACCAGGACGAUAUCAUGCAUAAAUGUGCGUGAUGAACAGAAAACAGCCUUUGUUGACGACGAGAGGUGCCAAAAACGCUUAUCUAUUAGCGAUAACAUGUCUCAUACAACGCCUCUAAGGAAACUCCUACAACUGGAGGCAAGGCAAGCCGCUGCCGAACCAGAUAUGCCUUCGCGUUCAGUCUCCGAUCUCCAUAACCUUGGGCAUGCUGCACAGCUCCCCCUCCCCCUCCCCCUCGAUAGCAAGAGUGCCAAUUCCAAGCCAAACAAUAAUAUUCGCUCUCCGCUUCUCUGCACAUGGCCAUCUCGCUGCUACCGCGUGUCCCCAAAAGUUACCCUUCGGAAUGAGGUCCCCAUUCAGUUGUCCGUACCCCCACUGGCAGCCCCACUUCCCUGAAAUAUUGUCUUUAUAUAUGUGGUUCUCCCUCUUACGCCCUCCCCUUAUUAACCGGUCUUACGUUCCAUGCCGACACUUUUCCUUGCUUGAUACGUGGCAUAGUCCCUCGAAAGAGAUUCAGGUCGAGGAUCCCGUCUCAUGGAUGUUUACGCAGCGAAGGACAUCCCGUUUAUCGUCUAUCGAUUCAAAACCGCAUAUCGGUUCCGACCUAUGACUGGGCUGGUGGGUGCAGUAUGCAUUACGUAGUCUACCUUUGGGAACAAACACGCUCGGAUAAAUGAAUAAUCCGAACAUUGCCCUAGCCCGCUGUUUUGAGCAUGGCUGUCGUCGGGUCGGUGCAACUAUCCCAGACAAAUGCAGAUACGUCCUAGUUAUCUUCAAGUAGAGGGUCUUCAACGCACUGUGACAGUAUGCGAUGUCCCGAAACAUAUUUCUCCUCUGAUGAGCGAAUAGC